GGCUGGGAGCUGACGGCGGCGGCUUUGGCCCCGACGGAGCCCCCCAACUCUGGCGCCGACGUCCUCCGCUUGGUGCCCGCCUUCUGGGACUCCCCGCUGAGCCACGGCAUCAAUGUGUUCGUGGGUCUGGUGCUGUGCUUCACCAUGUUGGGUCUGGGCUGCACGGUGGGCGUCGGCCAGUUGGGCGAGCAGGUCCGGCGACCUAUCGGGGUGCUGCUGGCUGUCGUCUGCCAAUUCGUCAUCAUGCCGCUGGUAGCCUUCUUACUGGCCUUGGCUUUUUCGCUGGACGACGUGGCAGCCAUGGCCGUGCUCCUCUGUGGAUGCUGUCCCGGGGGAAACUUGUCCAACAUCAUGUCGCUGCUGGUGCACGGCGAGAUGAACCUCAGUAUUAUCAUGACCAUCUCGUCCACCCUGCUGGCGCUGGUGCUGAUGCCGCUGUGCCUGUGGAUCUACAGCCGUGCGUGGAUAAACACGCCCGUGGUCAGCCUCCUGCCCUUUGGUGCCAUCAUCCUGACGCUGUGUAGUACGCUCAUCCCCAUCGGACUAGGCGUCAUGCUGCGCUACCGCUACACCCGUGUGGCCGACAAAGUGUUGAAAGCCUCGCUGUGGUCUCUGCUCAUCACGCUGGUGUUGCUAUUCAUCCUGACUGCGGCCAUGCUGGGCCCCAAGUUGCUGUCGGCCAUACCGGCGUCUGUGUACAUCGUGGCCCUCCUGAUGCCCAUGUGCGGCUACGCGGCGGGCUACGGGCUGGCCACGCUCUUCAAGCUACCGCCCAACAGCCGGCGCGCCGUCUCACUGGAGACAGGCUGCCAGAACGUGCAGCUGUGCACCGCCAUCCUCAAGCUGGCAUUCCCGCCGCAGCUGAUGGGCGGCAUGUACAUGUUCCCCCUGCUCUACGCCCUCUUCCAGGCGGCUGAGGCCGGAGUCUUCAUCCUGGUGUACCGCACUUACCGCCGGCGGGUGCUGGGCAAGGAGGAGCCGCCGGACCGACGGGACGGUGAGGACACGGACAUCACUUACCAGCGCUUCCGGGAUGACGACGACGACUUUGACGGGUCGUACGGCGCCGUGACCGUCAGUGACCCAAACAGCAUUAUGUUGGACCCCUGUCCGCCGGACCCUACGCCUGUCUGA